ACCCUUAUAGGAGUUAGCACCGUGAUAACUAGCAAAAAACGCUACUAAAAAUAACGAAAUUACUACGGAUUAUUAUAAAAUCAAUACAACAUCUAAGCUAAAUCACUACUAAUUCAAAUUAAUAAUAGUUUUUCUCUUGAUUAGGACGGUGCUAACUAUUAUACAAUUAGCACCGUAACCGCUCACAUACUUUCUCAUGUAAGGAUUUAAACAUGUUUAUGACCUCGAAUGUUCCACACACAAUUAUGCGGCUCUGAAUUCCGACUUCUGUUGGAUCAUAAAAUGACAAAUUAAAAGUGUAAUCCCCAAUGCGGUGCCGCAUCCACCGCCAUAAUCUUGUAAACGGCGUCGGGCAGCUGCCUCUCCGUUUCCUUUCUUGCGUCUAAAGGAAACCCUCAGCGGGUUUCUUUCGCAUUUCUCCUCUUCGCCGCAGAAACAACUGGACGAGGGCAGAGAGAGGAAGAGACGACGAUGUCCGCCACCGUUGCUGAUUUAGUGUCGUGUUCCUCUGCCGCUGCCUCCGCUUCUGGCCAGGCGUCGCGCUACGUGCUGAAAUCGUCCUCUCAGCACCUCGCGCCCGCUGCCGUCGUCAGCUAUCGGUACAAGGAAGCUGUUGGCAAAGGUUUCAGCAAGAUCACAGGAUGUCGAACUCAUAACUUCUUGCCGGAUAGAUCCAGCAUUGCGUUUCAGCCUAACUCGGCUGCAUUGCCUAGUUUGUCCCUCAGCCAACGUUCAAAUGCACCGAAUCAGAUCCAGCAUAUCAGUACUUCAAAAGAAAGCCCUUUUAUGCACAUAUCCUCCACAUCAACCUCGCUUUUCAAAGAUGAAGAUGGUGAGUCCUCAUACAAUCUUCCAAAGGUACCCAGAAGAGUAUCCAUAAAACCAGCAAAAGCAUACAAGUGCUUCAACUCUCCAGCCUUAGCCGAGAAGCCAGAAUGGUGGUGGAGGACAUUAGCAUGUAUCCCUUAUCUGAUUGCCCUGCAGAUAUCAGCUGCAGGAUACUACAUCCAGCCCUUACUAGAACACUAUGGUUGCUUCGAAAACUUGAUCUUCUUCGUUCCUGGAGCAAUCACAAGGCUACCCAUGUGGUUUACAUUGCUGUACUGCUUCUUUGCCUACGGUGGGAUUGUGAAGAACAAAGAAUGGCCUCACUUCUUCAGGUUCCAUCUCAUGAUGGGAUUGCUGUUGGAGACUUCGUUGCAGAUUGUAUGUGCCACUAGCAAUUUCUUCCCUUUGAUUCACCAGGAGGGCAGGUUGGGAAUGUAUUAUUGGGCUGGAGUAGGGUUUGCUUACAUACUGAUUCUGCUGCAGUGUGUGAGGUGUGCCAUUGCAGGGGGCUAUGCUCACGUACCUUUCAUUUCAGAGAAUGCUUAUAUUCAUACCCAGUUCAACAUUGGUGGUCUGCAAAGGCCCUGGUGAAAGAAAGAGAGAGAGAAAGCAGAAUGUCGAUGGCUCGGGGAAAAGAAGAGGAUAUUGAUGAAAAGGUGGGUUGUAGAGUAGAUUAGGAGUUUUGUAAUCUUUUUUUUUUUUUUUGGUGAGAGGAGUUUUGUAAUCUGUCGUUAUGUAAGCUUCACUUUUUUUUCCCCAUUAGCCCCAGGGGUUCUGAACCUUGAUGACAAUAUUCUAGUGAUAUAUUUCUAAGUAUCAUUUAUAAAAACAAAAUUCAAUAGUUAUUUUUGUUGAAUUAACUUGUGAUUAAAAAAAAUAAUUACAAAACUACGGAAAGUACUUAAAUCUUACCAAAGGUAAAAUAGCCUAAUGGUAAAGUUGCCGCGACAGUGAAGACUUGAGAGUUGCUGUUCUCAAGUUCGAAUUCAAGUGAGGAUCGUUGGUGUUCCUGGAGGUACAAGAAUGCUGGGACGAAGCUCCGUUGGGGUCGAAUUUGAUUGCAGGUGGCCCCCAAAUUUAGUAGGACCCGAUGUAACAAAGUGUCACGUGAGGUUGAGGUUUCUAAAUAAUAAUUAAAAAAAAAGGUUAGCAGAGUUUUUUUUUUUUUGAGCAGUAUAUUUUCGACUACUCUAUAGGGUGAAUUCAUACUGAAUAUAGAUGUAACACGCAGAUUCAUUAGUUAUUGGAUUUAAAAAAAAUGAGUUAUUCGAAUUUACUAGAGCGCAUAUAUGUCGUGCUAUGGUAAACGUACUAUCCUUGGAUUAGAGAUCCUGAUGGAUGACCGUUGAUGGAAUUUGGAUUUAACAAUUUACUUGAUUUUUAAAGUAGUUGUGGAAUUAUGAAACAACUUAUUCCUUUCACUUAAAUAAAUGAAAAAGACAUUUUCCAGGAAAAUUCUGUCAAAGAUUUUGACAUUGAAAUUUGUCGAAAUGAAAUGUUCCUAUUGAGUCAUUUUGUACCAAAUUACUGGUUUGCUGACAAAGAAUUGCAUGAGUCAUUUGGCUCAUACGAAAGUCUCAAUUGACUCUAUUGAGAGGAUUUUUCCAAUAAUAGCACCUUUAAAACAAAAAUUACAAAACUAGCACCCAUAUGAAAAAAUUGACAGAAAUAGCACCAAUUAUUUUGGAACGCACCCCUAAGAUGCGUUUUAUAAGUAAAACGCACCGGAAGGGUGCGUUCUACUUAUAAAACGCAUCAGAGGGGUGCGUUCCAGAUUACAAAACGCACUAGGGCGGUGCGAUUUAAUGUUGCUGCGGAACGGUCUUCAAGACCGUUGGAUGGAGGGACAAUCGGGCGGCUGAGCGCUUGCCAGCGGAGCGAUCCGCGCCAAGGAUACCAGAUCGCACGCCCGAGAUGCGUUCAACCCUAGGGAAGCGCCAAACGCAUCAGGAGGGAGCGAUCCGCGUGAGGGCAAAAUUACCCUACCACCCCUGGAGGGUGCGGUCUGAUGGGUAUAAAUACCCCCCUUCCCCUCUCAUUUCUUCACACCACAACCCAUUCUUCCUUCUCUCUCCACAAUUUAUCUCUCUAAACCCUCCCCCUCCCAAAAGCCUAGGAAAUAGUGGUCUGUUGGUUGCGGCUAAAUCCGAUCUGCAAUCAGAAAACAUUUCUUAGGUUUUUUCCUCAAAACCCGCCGAGCCGAGCCGAAGCUUUGUCCGAAUUGCGCCGAAAAAAUGGCCAAUUGGUGGCAAGAAGAAGGAGUUUAUGUUGAUGAAUUUCAAGCGGUACGUACUCAUUAUUCUGGUUUAAUUUUUGUUGUUGUUAUAAGCUUUUUAAUUAAUCUAUGUACUAACCUCGUUGUUAUUUUCUCGUAGGUUGGGGAGGACGUGGAUAUAUACAACCAACGGUAUUAUCUCGAGCAAGGACCGUUGGAUCCAACCGACUUGUACGAUCAACCCAACCAUCGGUCAAGGGAUGUUUGGAACGCUCACCCGGUACAUACAAUUCUUUACCAUUUGUCCUUCUUUUAUUUUGUUAAUGUAUUUAGUGGAAUAUAAAAUAAAUUUAUGU